AUGCGCGAGCCAGCUGGGCACAGGGGGGCUCGCUCCAAGAGACCGAGGGCGCGCGUCACCCUCCGGAUGGAGUCGGCCCGACGUCUCCUUCAACGUCAGCACAGCGGCGAAGGAGUCAUGGCCAAUCGCGCGUCAUGGUCGCCGCCUGGUCCUGCAUGGAUCUGUGGUUCGUGUACUGUACGCAAAUUGUCCGACAGGGUGGAUUGCCGCCAGUGUGGUUCGCCUCAGCCAGAACCUCCUCCAGAGAAGCAAGAUCGAGCUACACGUCGUUCGAGAAGUUCACCAUCCGAACGCCCUCCCAAGGCCCGUGGCAAAGGUCGGGAGUCCAAUGACAAGGCCCGUGGCAAGGGUCGGGACCCCAUGCUGGCGCUUCGAGGUACAUCGAAGGGCAAAAACAGCCAGAUGAGCGAAGCCAAGCACAUCAAUGAAAAGGAGAAGGACCCACAAGAGAAGGAUAAGAUCGACGAGCAUCGCUCGGCCAAGGACAUCCUUCACAUCAGGCCAACACUACUUCAAGAGGCACGCCAAUAG